UUGGCAUAAUUUGUUGGAGAGGUCGUUGUUUCUCGCGGUAAAUUUUCGUUAAUCCAGAGCCAAAACUGCCAUCAGCUGCCACUGUGGUUUGGAAGGAAGGUUGUCUCUAACUAAUGAAUCGUUCUUUUUCGUCUGGUGUGACGCUUUCUUCGAAAGUCGAUAGAUUAUUGCACUCAACUGAAAUGACGGAAAUGGCUUCGGACCCGAAACACUGCCGCUUAAACGAUGACUUCGGACUCCUUGUUCAAGGAAUUCUCGCCGCUGUGGCAUUCAGCACUCUUAUUUUGAAAAGAUUGAGAGAACCUCUAUCUGAAAGAAGACCUGUUCUUAUUUGGUUUUUUGAUACCUCAAAGCAAGCAGUUGGUGCCAUGCUUGUACACUUUGCCAACAUCUUCUUAGCUAAUCUUUUCAAAGGUGAUCCAUGCACUUGGUACCUGAUAAAUUUCUUGUUGGAUUCUACUCUUGGCCUUGUGGUAAUUUACCUCUGUCUUCAGUUCAUGCAAGUUAUUGUAAGAAUGUAUGACUGGGAUAACUUGAGAUUUGGCGAGUAUGGUAAUCCUCCACAGUGCAAAGCUUGGGCAGGGCAGUGUUUUCUGUACCUGUGGGCUGUCAUCAUUGAAAAGGCUACCAUAACCCUACUGGUGCAACUUAAUUUUUGGGAGGAAGUUCGUAGGUUUAUUCUUUUACCAGUCAAGAACCAUCCAAGAGUGGAGCUUGCAAUAUCAAUGCUGAUUAUUCCUUUUGUUUUCAAUGCUAUAAUGUUCUGGGUUGUUGACAAUUUCCUCAUGCGAAAGAAGAAAAAAUUAUUACAGAAAGAAGACACAAGGAACAAAGUUAAAUAUGAAAGACGAGCAGUGAUGAAUGGAUCUGAUGAAGAGGCUGUGCUCUUGGAAAACAUGACAGAAGGAGAGAGUCUGACAAUUCCAGAUGACAACAUUUAUCAUAGAGGGGACACUGUGAGAAGAUGAUAGCUCACAAAAUCUUGGAAGAUUAUAGAUACAUAAACAGGUAGCUGGUCGCCCCUCUGAGCAGGCUUUUCUAGAUGAGCAAAUACAGUGUGGAGAUUUGUUGAUCAAUAAGCAAUGAAGGUGCUAGUGUGAAAAUGGCAUAGAAAGCUCCUUAUUCAUGCCCCCUAAUUUACUUUUGGGUGGUGGGGUUAUGACAAUUGUCAUUAGCUCUGGAAUUAUUGUGUCAUUUUCGCUCUGUGAAGUAUACAAACAAUCGGCCACCUUUCCCUGAGACAGAAAAAUGAUUGAGAUGUAUUUUCCAUUUUCCAGGUAGCUUGCCAAUUAUUUCCCAUUAUUUUCUACAUGUAGCAAUUUGCAAUUCCCUUCCUCUUUAUUUAGAGUUAUAGCAGUUGUACUGUUUUCCUAGUUUUUUUUCCUUUUCAAUUACAUAAAUUUUAAAUUUUGUUGCAUUUUUAUACAUAAAGGAAGGGAGAAGGUGCUGACCUUGUGAAGGUGAGGGAUCAGGCCCUCCCUUCAUCUGCACAAAAGGGUUAACCCUAGACACCUUAUCUAACAUUAUACAUAUUCGUCCUACUGUUCUCUGUAAAUUUCCAGUGGUACAGGCGGGGAAAAGUUGUUUAACAAUCAAGAGCCCCUUUACCUGUAUGGAUUGAUCUUCAGAGCAUAGUCAACCCUCUUUUUAUCUUCAGAAAUUGCAGCUCUAUUUACAAAGAAGAAAUGUAAUUUUAUUUGGUGUAGCAUCAGAAUUUCCUGACCAGUUUUGAAGGGCUGAAUUAGAAAUUCUUAAACUGUAUUGUAAAUAAUAAAAAUUUAAUGUGAAUUCAAAAUAGUUUCGAUAAGGAUUUAUAGUGAAAUUCAAUUAAUUCUUGAUUUUGGGAGAGAUAGCAAACAGUUACGUUCAGAUACUAAAAAACAAUUGUCAUGAUAAAAUUGAACUUGAAUUUUUUUAAAUUAAUAAUUCAUAAACUGUUUAAUUCUUGUUGCUUCCUGGAUUAAUUAUUGCCUAUUUAGUCUUUUCCAUUGUUUACCCAACUCAAUUUUUUGUAAGUUUUCUUCAAGUUGAGGGUACUUUUACACGGGAAAGAAAUCAGAAAAGUGUGCCCUUCCUCUGUAACUCUUUAACCCUUUAACUCCCAAACCAAAUUUGUAAUUCUCUUUACUGUCAACCAUACAAUUCUUAUAAUAUUAGUUCAGAGAAUUUAGAAUCGGAUCAACUAAUUUGCCCCAAAGUGAUAUUUUUCUUUAUUCUCAUCACUUUUCUGGUUGAUAUUGUAUUGAUAUUGUAAGGAGAAAUUCUGCCUCUGAUUGUUAAUUCUCCCCUCUAGCUGAAACACAAUUCCUUCCUUGUAGAUUGUUUAUGAGAAUUUGGUGUUAGAUCAAGAUAGCUGAUAAAUUUGACCAUUCUCAUUACCUGUUGCUGGAUAAUGUAUGUAUGACUGUCAUAGAGAGAAGUUAAAUUUUAAUCACUGUAGGGGAAAAACGUUCAAAAUCAAGGUGUCAGUGUUAUGACUACUGCAAGAUUCCAUUUUUUGAAAUAACCAACAUU